AUGGAACUUUCCAAAGGAGCAACUUCUAAUAUUACCAUACCUUUGGCAGCUAAUAAUAACAAUGGAAAUGUUCAAAAAUGUGGAAAGAAAUCGAAGAACAGAAGACAACAACAAGGUGCUUGGAGAUUUAGGAAAAUUACUAUGAUUUCCGUUGUUUCCUUGUAUAUCUUUUUAAAGAAUGAUUUAGAUAUACAAUUUAAUAAUAGAUUUUCAAGAAAUUUAUUACAACUAGAAGAAGAAAAUGUGACAAAGAAUGAAAAUCAAGGAGCGCAAGUACUUGAUGGCGAAAAAUUAUUAACCAAAGAGAACGAAGAAAAUAUAUAUGAAGAUGUGAAUAAUAAUAAUACCCCUUCUGUUGAACAAGAAAAAGUAGAGAAUACGCAUAAUGAUAACUUAAAUAAUAUGGAUCUUGGUGACAGAUCUCAAGAAUUAGAUAACGGGAGCAAUGUGGAUGACGAUGAAAAUGAUAAUAAUACAGAUUUGAGUGAGGGAGCUACGGGUGAAACAGAAAAGACAAGGACUCUUGAAGAUAAUGAGAAUGAGGAUGAAGAAAAUUUAAAAAUGGAUUCUUCUAGUGAGAAAAAUGCAGAACAAAGGAACACCGCACUGUCAGAUCUAUCUAAGCAUAUUUCUAGAAAUGCUGUAGCCUUUAUUAAGAAAAGAGGUUUUGCUUCAUAUGGAAUGGACAGGAAUGUACAAAAUACUAAAUCAGAAACAUGUAAUUCAGGUGAAGAUAAUAAAGAUGAUGUUUUAAAUAGAGACAAUACUGAUAUUUCAAGGAGUAAGAAAGAUUUAUCAAAAUAUAUUUUAAAGACUGCGCCCCUCGAGAACAACACUGAUAUUAAUGUAUUACAUGUUUUAAUGGAUAGUGCAAACGAUCCUUUAAAUAACGAAUUAAUGUGCCCCAAAAUAAGCAACGUUAAAGAUGUAAAUGAGGAUGGAGAAAUUACAGGAAAAAUUAAAAAAAACAAAAAAAAAGGUGCGGCUGUACCGCCUAAUGUUGCAGGUGAUGAUGACUUUUUUAGUGAGAGUUGUAACAUGACAGAAAAAAAGAAAAAAAAAAAAAGAAAAAGAAAAAAAACAUGUAAAAUGUUAAGAAGAGUAAAACGUUAUGAAAAAGAUUUAGAAAAGUAUUUUCCAAAAAUAAUUAGAUAUAUUCCUGAAUAUUCAACAGAUAACGCAUAUAAAAUGCACAAAUUGAUAUUUGGAGAUAUCGAACAUAAUAGCAAUGUUGGUGCGUACAGUACAAGUACGUAUUGUUAUGAAAUAACUGAUUUUGAUGAGAGAUUACGUGACUCUACUAUAAAGAAAAUGAUUGAUAAUUUAGAUCAUGUUCCAGAUAAGCAAGAUAUGUUCUCUAUAUGGUGGCAAGUUGUGAGAAAUGAGAAAUAUAAAUAUAUCAAUGUUCAAAAUCAUUUAAGACAAAUUUUUCAUGAUAUGAAAAAUGAAGGUGAGAUAGCAAAUUGUGUUCUUAACGAAAGAUGGCUAGAAUGCCAAGAACUCGCUGAGAAAAAGUUUGGACUACUCUUUACAGAAAUACAAAACAUGUGCUAUGAAAUGAUUAAAAAUGAUAAUAUUACACUCCCUGUAUUUAAAGAAUAUAUAAACAGCCUCAGAACAUUAAUUGCAGAUAUUUCUGAAAAUGUACAAGCAGAAGGUACAAACAUUUUAAAAGCACCAUUUGUUUCAAAAAAAGAUAUACCACAAGUAAGUAAGGGUGCAAAAUACUGGUUGAAAUGUUUCUUCAACUGA